GCAAGUUGAACAUCUCCGAGUCCCUCAUUUUACUUUGGCUUCAAAUUGGUCGAUUCCAGAUUCUCAGAACAUAUUAGGGGAUGGAAGAGUCAUACUCUGUUUGUAGUCCCAGAAGAAUUCUGAGUGUGUCGAAGAAGAGGAGGGAGGCAACAGUGUCCUUUGCAGAUCCUGAUAGCAGGGCUUCUGGGUUUCAUGGUCCCAAACCUGCUGAGGUUUAUGGCUUUGUGGGUUCUAUCACUACUGUUGUGGCUACAGUUAUUCUGUUGGUGUGGGCAUAUGUCCCAGAGUCUUGGCUACAUUGGAUUGGAAUCUUUUACUACCCCAGCAGGUAUUGGGCAUUGGCUGUGCCAGCUUAUGCAAUGAUGACAGUGGUACUGGCAUUAGUAUUUUACUGUGGUCUCAACUUUAUGUCCACCCCUCCCCCAUCCUCCUUAUAUACAAUAUAUGAUGAGUUUAGUAAGGAUCCUGCAAGUUCUGGUCAAACGACCAGUGAUGAUCAACCCAUUGAACCCAUAUCUGAUAUCAGUAUUGACAUAAUCAAUCAUGCCAUGUUUAAAUAGCACAAAGCAACUGAGUUCUUUCAAGAAGAAAUGGUUUUGAUAGUAAUAGAGAAAUUUUAUUAACACAUCUCCAAUUCCUUGCUACACACCUUCACAAUUUCAAUUUUUUUGAACUGUUCUAAAACCCCAGGAGAGGAUACCCGUCUAUAAAAAAUUAUACUUCUUUGUAAAGCUUCUCCCUCGUCGAUAUCGAUGCUUGUGGUAGAUUGAGGUAUCAUCAAUGGCAUCAAAUGCAAUAAUCCUAUUCUUU